AAGAGUUCUCCUUUUAAUUAACUACAGCUAAUAAUUAUAAUAGAAAUUUACUAACCAUUGAUAAUAUUAAUAGCUAAUCUGCCUGUGCGGAGAACGGACCGGAUGGUGAGCUAGUACACAUGUACUUGAUCCGCCAACUGGGCGGUGCUUAAACUGCAUUAGAUGGAGUGUCAAAUUUUGCAAGCUGUUUAGCACCUUAUCACCAAACUACCUCGACCUCUUACACAUAUACGAGGGUUUGGUUGCAUGCAGCUAGGUAGAUGACGAGCAAUGGUGAUAUCGAUGGUGAGAUUCUUUCUAUUUAGUGCUGUAAUUUUCUCCUCUGUCGCUGCAGUUGUACCGGCCAAUGAAGGUAGUGCGAUCGAUCUGAAAGCAAUCAGAGUUGGACUUUUGUUGGACCAGGUGGAAGACGCGGCGCAGCCUUACCGGUUGCCCUUGUCAUGUCUGUCUCAGCCUCAUCACUCAGCUUGCAUUUGCCUUACACCGGGGGGGCGAAAGUGGAUUACCCUAGACUUACGCCGAUCCUAUUUUGUCCGAUCCAUUGCCAUUAAUAUUGUGGCUUACGUACUUGAAUACAACAGCUACGAGACGUGGAUGAAUGUUCUGCUUAGUGAUAACGAUAGUGACUGGGAGACGUGUAAAGGCCCGACCGUCACAAAAGGCGGAAAUUGGCAUUUUGAAUGUGGAUGUCAUCCAGCCCGUUACGUCAGAAUACAGGUAAAUAAUAUCGAGCAGAAGACAGUAAACGCCCAACGUCAGUCAACUUUUGUAAAAGUAUGUCACCUUCAAAAUAUCAAGAUUUACGAAGCAUUGCCGGUGAACUUGCAUUCUAUGAACGCAAGACUCGAAUUGCACAUUGUUCACAAAACUGUCAAGAAGAGACACAAAAUCUUUACAACUGCGAGACCAAGUUCAGUUGGAAUUGGCAGUUUCUCUUCAUCUAGAGACAGCGUAUCGUUAUUAUGUCUUCCCGUUCUGGAAGGAGGUCCCCAUUGGAUCUCUUGGCUGAGAUUAGAUCUUCGACACCCUGUAGGCGUCAGCCGUGUGGAAGUGGGCGGGAGGCGUGUUGAAAGCGAUCCGCAGUUAAUAGAAGUACACGUAGGAUUUGAAAAAGAAAUGGAAGACAACACACUGUGUCCUGAAGCGAAGUCGGUUGCCGCAACUACCGUCACUUCACUACAUAACUGUGCCAAACUAACAGAUGGUGUGUUCGUUGAUUUGAAGCUUAUUCAAGUUUCGUCUAUAGAAGUCUGCAUCAUACGCGUCUACGGAACUCUUUUAGACUACUGUGGGCAGCCUCAAGCCGUUUCAAAUGGUUAUUACUAUCCAAUUAACACCUGGUACCCCAGUAACAGUAAAGUUACCUACAUUUGCCGUGGUGGAUAUCAGCUGAUUGGAUUCGAUAGUGUUGUGUGCCGAGGACGAAUUUGGAGUGAAGUUCCUCGAUGUGUGAAAGCGUAUUGUACGGUACCUGGUAAUAGUUAUUUGAAGAACGGCAUUGCGGCUUUAUCUGGACACGGUGUUGGUCAUAAUGUUUCGUUUUGGUGCAACCGCGGGUACCAUAUGGUUGGACCAUCUAAGAUUCGCUGCAUUCAGCAAGUAAACGGAAAGGCUGUUUGGAAUGGUACGGUUCCUUUCUGCAUAGGCAAGUAUUGUGGUGUGCCAGAUGCAUUAGUAAAUGGAUAUUUAAUAGGAAGCAACUUCCAUUACCCUGCAUCGGUAAGAUAUAAAUGCAAAUAUCAGUAUGUACUGACCUUCGGUAGCAUUGAAAGAAAUUGCACGGAUCAAGGUACAUGGACGGGAAAGAAGCCAUACUGUGCUAAAUUAAGAUGUAACUUUUUGUUUCCACCACGCAAUGGAACAGUAACAACAAACGGCAACCACGUAGGAUCGAGAGUCCGUUAUAACUGCCAUCGAGGAUUCCGAUUACAUGGAAGUAAAUCACGUCAUUGUGUUAUUAAUUCAGAGAAAACCGACGGUCAGUGGACAGGCAAUAACCCAGUAUGUCGAGCGGUGGAAUGCCCUGAGUUAGAACCUAUCAAGUUUGGAGAAAUCAAUGCUGACAGAUUGGCCUACACCGCUGCUGCAAGAUACAGCUGUCACAAAGGCUACCAGCUUGUAGAAGGUGACGUCGUGCGAUACUGCACGGCUAAUGGUACAUGGUCUGGCCAGACUCCUGCUUGUCGUCCCUCGACAAGUGAUUGUGGCCGCAGUUGUCAUACACAUAGUCGAAUCGCUCAAGGUAAGACGGUUGCAGAAGGAGAAUUUCCGUGGCAGGCGAUGGUUUGUUUGUUUGGCAAACAUAUCUGCGGUGGGACUCUAAUUUCUGACAAAUGUGUAGUAACUGCAGCGCAUUGUCUCACCAUCUUCGGUGGUCAAAAGCCAGAUCCAUCACUGUUUAGCGUCUGUGUGGGUCGAAUGUGUGGUCAAUGUCGUCGACAUGAGAAACUAGGAGAUCUUCAAUGUUCUAAGGUAUCUCGAAUUGCUAUCCAUCCAGACUAUAACACUACAUUUCUUGGAGAUGACAUCGCUGUUGUUCAAUUGAACACCAGCGUGCAGCUCAAAUGUGACAGCGUCAUGCCAAUUUGUCUUCCCGAUGAAAACCGAGAUCGAGAUUACAUCCGAGAAAACAGACCUGCCGUCGUGACAGGCUGGGGAAGAAAGGCGUCAAACAAAACAGAUUUUAGUGCUAGGUGUCUUCGCAAAGGUAACGUUCGUAUAGUGUCAGACACUACAUGUGGCAAGAGUCACAGUAUCCCACUGGCAGGCAGAGUAAUGUGCGCAACAGAUGAUAACGGUCCUUGUCAGGGAGACAGCGGAGGUCCUCUCAUGGUUAGAAAUCUUGAUUAUCAGAGCAGGUGGGUGAUAACUGGUGUGACCAGUUGGGGGAAAGGAUGCGGUCGACAUGACAGCUAUGGUGUUUACACAGAAGUGCUGCCCUAUAAGGACUGGAUCUCAGAAGUGUGCAAAAAGUUGUGAUAGUCUUAUAAAUAGACUAUUUAAUUGGAAUUGAAUCAGUAUUUUAAUGUUAAAAUAUGUAAGCUUAUCGUUAUAACUUACUUUACUCAAAAUAUGUGACUAGUGAUGCACGUACGGACGUUAUCAUACUUGCUUACAAGCAGGUCUACAAAAUCUUACAAUCAAUUACAUAAGAUGCUGAUGAUUCGUAAUGUAGCUAAUAACUUGUAGAGGGACCUAUAGCAAAGACAUUAGACCCUGAAGGC